UCGUUGUCCCUUCUCUCCUUCCACGUACAGCCAGCACUCUUUCGCCUUCAGGAGGAGGACGUUGGUGCGUCGCUUUUGCAUCGUGCGCGAUAAUAGUCACCACCGUGGGUUCACCGGUUAGUACGCGUUUAUACACUCAACCGUGUUCCUCGAGCGGCCGGUCGUGCGAGACCAAGAGCCGAUAGUCAGUCAGUCUUUCCGAUCGAACAGUCGUGAUCGGAUCGAUUCCUUCCUUCCAGUCAAGGAUCGUCUUUCGCGUUCCGACCGAUACUUCACGCCUGACAGCUUAUUCGCUAGCGUGUCCCGUCCUGCUGCCGUGGAUUUUCUACUUACGUUCGAGUUUGCAGGAUUUUUCGCAAUUUACCAACGACGUUGGAAAAUUUCUGAAAGUAAGCUAACGGUCCAUCGAUAUUUUUAGCAUUGACUUUCGCGGGGAUCGUCGUCGACUUUGAUUCGUUCAUAGAUUAUAAUUAGUAAUCGUAAUUUGAUAUUGAAAAAUCAGUGAUGGAGGGCAACUAGAGAAUUGGCUGGAAGCGUGUUUGAAUAACGUUGACAGAGUGAAGGAGAGUUGGCGGACUUGUACGGACCGAAGAACCGAUCAAUGUUGUUAAUAUCGACCGUCCCCUUGAUUGCUAUUUGACUUCGCUUUGGUUUGGUAUUGCUGUCAGACUGAACAAACCAGAAAGAGGGAAAAUCGUAGAAGCUGUUGAAAAUCCUUGGUCGACUGUGGAACAGUUGAGAAGAGAAGCGCAAGAGGAAGUGUAGUGAAAAUUUAGUGCGACUGAAGACUCAAUGUUUUUAAAUCUUCGAAAGUUUCCUAUUGACUCGUACGUUGGUUAUAAUCAAUUCUCAUUGAUUUAUUAACCAGUUACCGAGAGAACUCAAGAGAAUAGCACGAUUGAUUAUUUUUGGAGCAUUGGUAAUGGAGAUAAAGAAGUGUGAUAAAGAAUAAGCUAAUAAGAAUUGAGAAAAUGGAUUGACAAAUUGGUCAAAGGUGCUAAAAUGAUGGCGAAUGAACUCGAGUACACGAAGGAUGACUGAACAGGAAGGACACCAGGAUGUUGUUUAAGGGAAACAGUUCGAGAUUAGAGCUAUUGAUAGGAAAAAUUCAGGCCCACAAGGAACCUUCUCGAGAUGAACAAGCCAAGUCGAAAGAAUCGAAUAGAUAAGGGCCUGAAACAAAGCCAAAUACAUAGGCACCGGCAAAUUGUCUCAAGAAAACGAUCUCUGUCCUCGCGAAGCAACUUGAACAAGCGUGUACCUGCAUGAACAACAUGAACAUUGGAUAAUAGGGUGAUACAGGGAUAAAGAAGAGAGGAGGCAAAGCCCGAGUAGAGAAUUCCCGCGAGGAAUGUGCUUUUCUUCUAUCAAAAGGACAAGAGGACCAGUCUUCUCGCGGAGGAUGAACGACGAAGCUUCUUGACAACGUUCACGGGUUAAUGGUACCAGUUUCACCGCAUACUCGUUACGAAAACGAUAUAAAGAGACACGUAACGGGCGAGUUAAGAGGCCUUGGGCACCGGAAGUUCGUCAUGGCAGAGCGAGGAUGGCGGUGCAAACUCGCGACGUGGCGGAGAGACGCCGUCUUCUUGUGCGACGCCGACGUCGGCGAGCUUCCCGUCGGAGCCCGAGGUCGACGCCGACGUUGGUGUCAACGCCGACGGAACCAACGCUACCGCACCUUAUCCUUGUCAAUUCUGUGACCGCACAUUUCCUCGACUUAGCUACCUGAAGAAGCACGAGCAGCGUCACUUUGAUCAACUUCAUCGAGGAUUGAUAUUAGCUCUUCACGGUUCGAUGUCCAGUGUAAUUUCUAUUCUGGUAAGCUCAAUGUCCAGUGUAACUGCUAUUCUGAGCCACGGAGAUCAAAUGCCAUACAAAUGCAACUGGUGUGCCAGAUUAUUCAAACAUAAACGCAGUAGAGAUCGACACGUGAAACUUCAUACAGGAGACCGAAGAUAUCGAUGCACGCACUGCGACGCUGCUUUCUCCAGAAGCGAUCAUCUGAAGAUCCACAUGAAGACACACGACACCCAGAAGCCGUAUCAGUGCACAGCAUGUUCCAGAGGCUACAACACAGCAGCCGCUCUGACAUCCCACAUGCAGUCUCACAAAAAACAAUCCCAAGGAACUUCCAGGCUUCAAGACAUUGAUUAUGGUAGAAGAAGCGUGUCUUCUCAUAGUACAUCAUCUCCACCAGUACCAAGCUCCCCAUCGCCAUCUUUAAACCUUUUGUUGAAUCCAAAGGCUGGCUUAAAAAGUUCCCAAGGAAGUGCUUCGACGACUCCAAUUUUGAGUUCACCAUUAAAAUUAGCUUGCAUGUACUGUACCAGAGAUUCCUUUAGUUGCAUGCAACAGCUGCAAAUGCACGUGCAUACUAUGCAUCAGGCUAUCCUUAGUGGAGAAACUGUUGCAGUAUCCCCAUCAACAAAUAGAACCAACGAACAGAUGAGUUAUCAACGUGAGAGAACUCUGGAUAGACCAGAAGGAUCAUCUAAAGAACAGGAAAGAAAGUAUCAGGAUGAUUCAGAGAGAUCUAUAGGGAAAGAUCACUAUGAAAAUACAUUUACAUGCAAUCAGUGUACUAUGAAGUUCUCUACGUUAGACUCUUUGAGAGAUCAUCUGAUCUCAAUUCAUAGAACCGAUGGUUUUAGUUCUACUUUAAUGAUGUGCCCUCUCUGCGGCAUUCCCUGUGCUUCUGCAGCAGCCUACGCGGAGCACUAUGUCCUCCAACAUUGUGAGAAUCGAAGAGUAGAUCCAUUGGAGGUUAAAAGUUACAUAGAUUCCAAGAUGAAUGGAAGCAACGAAGCUAAGAGUCCCAGGAAUCAGAAAUAUAGGGAGCAAACUUCUUCUGAGCCAGCUGAUUUGACCAACAAGCAUUCCACCAGUACAGUCAGCAAUUAUACAGCUGGUACGCUAUUUUGUGGGCAAUGUAGAGCUGCGUUGAAAGACUUCGAGUCAUUCAGAGAACACCUAGCUAGACAUCUUCAGGCUGAUCAUAGAAACGACGUUAUUAGACAUCCUUGUCCAAAGUGUGAAGCUACUUUUCAAGACAGGGAAAACAUGUUGGUACACUUGACGAAGCACUAUUUAAGUCAGAUUAGUAAAGAAUAUGCUUGCGGUGCUUGCAAGAAGCUGUAUCCCCAUCCGGACCUCCUCCAAAGACAUUUACUUGACAGCCAUGCUCAUCAUCUCUAUAGAUGCGCCCUGUGCAGAGACACUUUUGAUUCUAGAGUGGCAAUACAGGUCCAUUUUGCUGUAAAACACAGUCAAGAAUGCAGUAUUUAUAGAUGCAAUGCUUGCACAGUGUCUAAUAAUGAAAAUUCACCAGGAAAUGCGCCAGGGGAGGGUAAAAGCUUCUUCAGAAGUGAAUCCGAAAUGGCAAGCCAUGUGAGAAAUGUUCAUGCACCUCCUACAGUGUCUAACAACAAUCCUGUCGUUACAAGCCCGGCCUCCACUCCGGGAAUAACUGGAAAUUCAGGACCAAGAUGCGUUUUCUGUGGAACUUACUGCAGUUCUGAGCUGGAACUACAGCUCCACUUGGCUAGCCACUCUGCUAAUUUAUACAGAUGCCCAAUUUGUAGAGAGGGAUUUGCUGUGGAGUUUUUACUAGACAGGCAUAUUGCUCAAGUGCAUCAUUCUAGUGAUCAUCAAGGUGCUAUAAGGAAUAAUUCUCGGGAGAAUGGAAGAAUUGAUAGACUAUCCAGAUUACAGGAAGAAGGCAAAUCUCAAAAGAGAGGCCGCUCUCCAGCCUCCAGUAACAACAAUUCUCUGAACCAACGCGAUAACAAUAAUAAACGUCCACAUUACUCAAAUCCAUCUGCUCAGCAGUGUGAUCUCUGUGAAAGGGGAGAGUUUUCCAACGAGGCGGAACUGCAAGCCCACAAGAAACUUGCUCACACUCCAUCCAAGCUUCCAAACAAGUCCAUAUCAAAUCUCAGCAUGUCCUGCGCAUAUUGCGGGGAAGUAUGUCGUUCUAGAACCGACCUGGAGUCCCACACAAGGAUCCAACAUGCAUCGAACGAACCUGGUGGUCGGCACAAGUGUAACAUAUGCGACGAAGUCUGUCCAUCAGGCGCAACUCUUGCAGAACAUAAAUUGCAGAAACACUGCAAGAUUCAAUUAAGUGACACAUGCAUCGUUUGUCGAGGAAAUUUAGCUUCGGAGUCACAGUUUCUGGAACAUGUGCAAAGACAUAGCCUGGAGAACGUGGAUCCUCAGCAAAGAUUAGAUGGUUCUCUUCCCCAUCUCCCUGCAGCUUGCGUAGUUUGUAGACAGACAUUGAUCAGUGAUUUGGAGUGUCGUCUUCACGCCAGACACCACUUGAGAGUUUCUACUGGUUCUCACAGUGUAACAUCCAGCCCUAGUCCCAACCAAAAGAACCAGAAUCCUAGCUGUUGCCUUUGUUUAAGAGAUUAUUUAGCUGAUGACUUUGUCAAUUUGCCUCCAAGUCAUAUAAGCGGUGGAGGACAGUCUUUAAGGGUCUGCAAGUCAUGCUAUAUUCGUCACUCUCAGGGUUUACCUAUCUUGAAUUCACCUUAUGAGCCUGCUAGAUCUAAAUGUGACGGUACUUGGACAUCCAAUAACAAAGAUGGACAAUGGGAUGGAUCAAGGGAUACAUGGGAGUCAGAGAACAGAUUUAAGGAAGACAGAAACGAGAUGUCGUUGCCAACAGAAGCAAAAAUUCAACAGCAUGUAAAGAAGGAACAGCUGGAGAUGUCGGGAAAGACUUCCAUAGAGGCGUUACGAUGUCAUCUGUGUCUUUUUGAAGCUAGCAGUCCCUUACAAUUGCAAAGCCAUUUGAUAGAGCACACUUUUGCAGGAUGUGCCGCUCUCAGCUGUUACAUUUGCCAGUCUCUCUUCACUGCUCCUAUCGGCCUCCAGAGCCAUAUGCUUCAAGAGCAUGGCCUGGGUGCUCGUCCCUACGAUUGUUCUCAGUGCACGCUCAAGUUCUUCUUCAGAGCAGAAUUGGACCAUCACAUGCUAACAUUUCAUCGACCUGGAGAUGCGUGUUCACCGGAUGACAAGGCAGAAAAUACUGGAGAAACGAAAGCAAGAGACGCCGAAGAAAGGAACUGCGGCGAAGAAAUAACCGUAAAGGAAGAAAUAGUUUCAGAAAUAGUUGCAGACGAAGAAGAAGAAAUCAACGUGGACGAACAAGUGGAAGAGAACGAUCAAAAGGCGAACAAGCAAACAGAAAUUGAGACGAAAUUAAAAACUGAACUUGUGGAGGAAUCUGUUCCAGAAAAGAUGAAAUCGUGAUCGUUAUUCGUUAAUCAAGGAAGUAAAACGUUUAAAUAAUUAUCUUGAAAUUAAUCCAGGACGAAGAUAAACAACGACGAGAUUACCGACGUACUCUUGGACUAAAUCAGAUUCUGUAUUAAUUUUAAUAGGCAGAGUGAUAAGAUGUUGAUUUAUCCUUUUGGGUAAUUUAUUAUUUCUUUUAUUAUACAGUUAAAUUUUAUUAAUUUAGAGUUACUAGUUAGUAGUUAGUAAUUAAUAAAAUUUUAUUCCGAUGCUGUAUGAAAAAUUACUGCGAGGAAUAUUACAUUUGGGAUUAUCUUUAAUUAACAUAUUUUUGCAAGAAUGUUCUAUAUUUACAUAGUUCAUGUGAAUUUUUAUUGUAUCGAUAACUGAUCUUCAGGAUAAUUAUAGAUUAUGGAAGAUUGUUAUUACUCCAAGAUUAUUUUAUGCGUUAGAAUAAGAUUGUAAGCCUAAUUUUAUUUUAUGGUACAGCAUACUUUGCAAUUAAAUUUAUUAUUAUAUAUUAUAUUAAAUAAUUUAUAUAAUAGCUUUAAAAAAAUCUGGAAUGUGGAUAAUAUUUUACAUUAUAUUUUGUUAUUUUAGACUUUAGAUAUCCGUGAACUAUACGUUGUCAAUAUGUAAUUUUAUUUUGUGUUAAAUUUUUACUAUAAGUCGCAGCGUUGAAUUUCAUCGUCUAACAAAUGUUGGAGUUGAUAUUGCAUAAUAUGAUACUCCUUACGUAGGAAGUGUAUAUUCUACAAUCAACUUGGACGAACUUUGUAACAUAAAGGCAACGUUAUUUCUUAUUAAAGGAAUGAAAAAGGAUAAAAAGAGCGUCUAUUUGCAGAUGCAACUUGUAAAUACGUUGAAUAAUAUUAGAAUGUAUUAUUAGUCAGCGUUUUAUCGACUUUGGUCGAUACCAUAAGCGACGAUUAUUGUUUAAAGUAAGCAGAAUGCAAUAAAUUGUCCACUAGGCUUAGUUAGUCGAUAAGAUAGUUCUUUACAAAAUAAAUUAUUGUUCUA